GCAGAGUUGAGAGAGAGUGAGUGUAAGAAAGAUUUGUUUGUGAAGAGAUUUUUCUUGAGCAAAGAUGUUUCCAUGCAUUGGUUGUGCGAAGCAGACAUCUGAUGAUCAUGAUGAGAGGGAUGAAGGAUCUCGUCGUCAGAGUAACACCCCACUGCAGAGGCAAGAUUCUGCCAGAAGCAUCACUACCCAGUUGAAGGACAUGGUGCUCAAGUUUUCUGGCUCUUCCAAGCAAUCAUCAAGAUCUGGACCAGGGUCAAGUUCAAGAGGAAUGAGACCAAUACCGAAUCCUGAGAACACAGUCGCAGGAGGGGUUCAAGACCCUAACAUGGGAGGAGUUGGUUCAGCUUCUGCCCGUGCUUUGCACCUCAGAAGCGCCUUGCAAAUUAUAAGUGGCAGGACUGAACAUGCCAUAAUUUUAGGUUCUGCAGACCAGGCCCCUCCUAGAGGUCAUGAAUCUGUGGUGGCAGCUCCUGAUGUGGCGGUGGAGCAAGAGGAUGAUGACAGAAAGUGGGUGUCGCAUGCUGAGCCAGGAGUUAUCAUUAACUUUGAGUCUCUUCCUGAUGGGGGACAUGAUCUUAAGACAAUUUACUUCAGCCCAAAUAUAUUCACUAGGUUGGAUGCUGCGCAAUGGUGGUAUGAUAAUUAUGACACAGUCAUUGAAGUUUAUGACGUCAAGAAGAUCAACCAGAUUGUUGUUCCUCCUAGGAUUGAGGAUCACUCAGGGGAUAUUUCUUUCCCAAUUCAUUCAUCUGAGACAGACAGCCCUGUGGCGGAAUGGCUGAACAACCAUGUAGCACCAGGGCAUGGGAUUGAUCAGCAUCCUUCUGGAGGUGCAGCGGCCAAUGUCUUGGACCCAGAGUGGAUAAUGCAGGAUCGUGAAGGAGUGUUCAUCACAAUCAAGGCCAAACCUGAUGGGACUAAAGAGCUUCGUCGUGUCAAAUUCAGCCGCGAGGUGUUUAAUGAGGAUGAAGCAAAGACAUGGUGGGAGGAGAACAAGGAAAGAGUCAAUGCUCAGUAUCUGUGAGGUCUUCUUGUUGAUCUGAAGAGGAAGAAGUGUUCUAUGCUGGUGGAGUCUCAGAAGUUUGUGUCUUUUAGAUUGUGUUGUUGUUAAACUCCAGCUUCUGGAGUGUAGUUCCUGUUAUUUGUGUUUGGUGUCAAUUGUAAUGUCUUUAAACUUUUGGCCCUGUCACAAACUGUGGCAGUGCAAGUCCUGAAUUUAUCUUUUAUGUCUUUAGUUUUGUUGUCAUGUCAUGUCUUGUCCUUGGGUCAUUUCCAUUCGGAUGUUUAAGGUCUUAUGUUGUUGCUUUUAAUGAAUCAUUUGGUCAUUUUGGUGUGCUUAAA